AUCAUCCUCACCAGAUCUUCUGCCUCAUCACUUCCCACCACCACCACCCACUGCACCACCAGCAAAUGUCACACGCACGCGAUCCUUACAAUCCUCCAAGAGCUCGCAUUCAUUACGAGUGCCGAUGCAGGAGUGUUUUGGGCAACCACUUUCUCCAAUUGUUGAGCAAGACUAUAUGUCACCUGAGAAGCGCACUGUGUCGUUACCGAGUAGCCCUGACGGCUCCGGUUCUCGAACGAGUGGUACUACGGGCACUAUGAUGACACCGAUCAGUCCAUCUAUGAUGACCCCAACCAGUGCGGUGGCUAUGUACUCCGCCCGCCCAAUACCCACGCCCACCACUCCAGUUGCACCUCCGCAGUUUGUGAGACGACGAGAGGAUUCGCUUGGUUCAUCGCCAGUAUUUUCAAAUUUUCUCUCCCGUCCGCUGAACAGGACCAUAAGCAUGUCAUCGACGAGGACACACCAGUCUGGCAACUCGUUAUCUGCAACACCGCCUGUCAUUCCUCCUCUCGAUCUACGCCCAGCGUUUCCUGGACCUCUCCCCUCAGAUACAAUUUUGUCCCAGGAUAUCACUGAUGCUAUUCUCGAUGAUGCAUCGACGAAACGCGAGAGCUUCGUCACAGCUCGGUCAGCUGGUGCAAUGCGGGAGAGCAGGUACUCUGCUAUGCUUUUGGAACCAGAUCAUGAACCUUUAGAUGAUCAAGAACUCCCAUCAAGCCGAACUGCGGAGUCUUCUAAGAAUUCCCCCGAGCGUCAAAAAGGAAUUUCCCAGCUGCCUUCACUACCUCCAGCAACACAAACACCCUUACUUCCCCGUCCUUCAUCACGAACCUCAACAUAUCCACCCUCAUACUCAAUACCACAGCCCAAUGUAGAUCACCGGGCCAAUCACAGUGGGCUCGAUACUCCAAGCCAGCGUGAUUCUGUUCAAUCGAUGUCAUCUUCGUUCAUCGACCGUCGCUUUGCAGAGUCAGAGCUGUAUUUCGGCUCACACACAGAAUGCUCUAGCGCGCGCCAGGCCAACGAGAAAUGGGCUAAGCAUGCUGAGAAAUCCGACACCGCUCAGAUACUGUUCUGGCUUGGGUUUAUCGCACCAUGGUGUUGGCUCAUUGGUGGAUGGUUGGUGAAAGCCAAGAAUAAUAAUAGCUAUAGCAGGGGCAGCAGCAUGAUACCCUUGUGGACGGGUAAGAGUGCACAGACCAUUGAUUCAUUCAAGAUGCAGCCGUUGCACCAUGGCUAUCCCUUCGUGGCGCCAUCGGUGCAGAGCUUAAUGCCACCAUCGCAUUCACGAGGGAUACAUUCAGUGCAUCCUCGUGGCCCUUUUUUGAUGGCGAGGAGUCCAUGGAUUAGACGGUGUAGGGUGGCUGCUGCUGUGAGUGGAAUUGUUAUUAUGCUGCUGUUCAUCGUUGCCCUGGUGGUAGUCGGGAGGAGCAGUUGAGUCGACUCUUGAACAACUUAUCAUGAAGGAUCCGUAUCCGUAUAUUACAUUCUCAAAUUAAAAUGAGCAAAGCGAUUUUUACCGUACAGUACUAUAUGAUCAUUUCUCCCAUCACAUUCCGAGGAUCAAGAUUGGGCCUAAAGACCUGGUUCGAACCUGUAGCACUUCAUGAAUACUCAUCAUUUUACAAAUAUUUAGCACUUUACGAAUACUUACGGUUUACGAAAAGAGGGUACCUAGAAAUCCAAGUAUUUAGCAGCGCAUGGCAGCAUCAUGAUCAUUUGCAGUACGAGAUGCCUGACGACAA